AUGACUCGGAACUUCGUCGUCAUGGAGAAAUCUAUCGACCAAUUUAAUGAGAAGGUCGUCGCUGAGAUGGCGAGACCAGGUUCAGUUUACAACCGAGGCUAUGGUGGAAAGGAGUUUCGCGAGGGCAGUCCACGUUUUCCGCACCUUACUGAAUCUGAGCGCCCACGAUUUAUUCGAGCAGCUUACCAAAUGUGGAGCCUGAUUCUCCUCGAUUCUACACUGAGGGAGCUUAGAAUAAGCACACUCAAGUUCAAAGACAUUCAAACUCUCAUCGACUUGGUGGAACUUUGUCGCUUCAGAGGGUUUUCGUUGAUUCUAGACAAACAAACGAUGGAGUUAGAAGCGCAAACUCUGGGCCUGCUAGUAGACAUUGCCUUCAUUUCACUAAAAUCAGCUGCUGAGCUCAUCAUUGCGAAAUUUUAUACGGAAGAAAGAAGAUAUUGCCCAACCCUCCCAUACGAAAUAGCAUACCGGGGCUGUGUCUCUAUUUGGGAUAACUGGACAGAUUACAAGAAAGAUGUUAUCUUACAAGGACUGAAUGGACGGAAACAGGAUAGGCCAGUCUCGGAGGUUUGGUAUGAAACUUCUGAUGAGGAGUUGAUGGGCUAG